GCCAUUUUAGCUUUCUUGAGGACUGAAGAACUAGCUGGCCAACCAUGUUCCUUCGCAAAAUCCUCGUCCCUUGUUUCCUGGGUUGCUUGUUGAGUUUGCAAGUCAUCGAUGGUCAACACGGAAGCGUCCCUGUCCGAUCUGCUCCAGUGUUUCCAGAAGGCUAUCCUGCGCCAGAUUCCCAGGCCACCAGUGUGAUUUCAAACGGUCGGAUCUCUGCACAUCUGGAAUAUGUGGACCGAGGAGAAGGAACCCACAGAGGGGACAUAACUCGUGCAGGUACAAAUCCUCAGCAUGACAGGCGAGGGUACGGAGAGUCCGACACUGGAGGAGCGUCACGGACAUACAGCACGUCGAGGAGGGAAUCCAGCUCAUCGACCUCGGGAGUGGAUUAUUCACAGACUGGGGCUGACAACAUAGGCCGGACCCAACCUGUUACAUCGUCCAGAGACAGAGCGAGCGCGGAGCGCACUUACGACUCGUCGUCGACCGGAAUGAGCUCGAGCACAUCAAGAAGAACGAAUCCCGGGACGUCAACAAGAACAAGCGUGGGUCGCACUUAUGACUCGACGUCAUCCAGGACAAGCUCGACAACGUCAACCAGAACAAAUCCCGUGCGAACGUAUGACUCGACCUCAACGCGUACAAACCCCGUGCGUACCUAUGACUCGACGUCGACCAGAACAAGCUCGGGCACAUCAACCAUAAGGAACCCCGGGACGUCAAGACCGGUAUUGAGCAGGUACGACACGACGCCAAUCAGAACACACUCGAGACGCACUUAUGACCCCCUUGGAAGAACGGGUUUGGCUGAACCGUACGGUACCCCUGGUAGCCGUACGUACAUCCAGAGCGGGACGCAACGGUUGCCCUAUGAUCCAUAUGCUGCCAGAAGGGUGACUCAUGCCAGACAGCCGUACGUUGCAAAUGCGAGACAGCCUGUGACUCAACCAGACCGGCGCGGAUAUUACCAGCAAUGCCCUUCCGACGAUUUCCGCAUCCUGAUUGAAGGCGUUGAGUGUCACGUAGCCAUUGAUUCUGUUGGCUCUCACGUGUGCUAUGAUGAUCGGGUGAUGAGAGAUCGACGAUGCUGUGAGCGGUGUCUACAGAUCAAAGACUCCAGAAAACCAGGUUGUGAGUACGGAGAUAGAUCCCGUCAGUGCUCAAGUCUCAAUCCGUCUCAGUGUUACAUCCGGUCUAACAGAAACAUUUGCUGUCAGACGUGUGAACGGCUAAGAAACCCAUCACAACAAAACUGUGAAUAUGGAGACUUGUCCCCGACUUGCGCACAAAUGCCGCGCCGGAUGUGCUCACUGCUCGAGAACCAGCGGAUAUGCUGUCAAACCUGUGAGCGCCUGCGCGACCCAUUGCGGCCGGAAUGCCCAUACGGCGACCGUUCCAAUCAGUGUGGAAUCAUAUCGGGUGGAGCUUGUUAUAACGUGCGCGUGAGGGACACGUGCUGCGCUACCUGUAGCCGUUUAGACGUCGGCACUCCCGGUUGUCAAUAUGGUGACCAUAAUUCUGUAUGGACGAGUCCGGCUGGAGAGCUCGAUUGUGAAACGUACACGCGGAUAUACGGUCUCGGCGCAUGCGCAGAUCCCAAUUUCUCCUCGCGAUGUUGUCACUCAUGUAGAGGUUACGUUUCUAGAAAUCCACAGUCCUAAGUGCACUUAUACUGGUACUUCUAAAGCAAACAUUUCCCUGGAGGAGCGGCUUAUCUUAAUUCUUAUGGAAAGUUAAUUACUGAAGUUCUUAAGUUACAGAUGGAAACAGUUUAAUUGCUAUCACGUAGUUAAGCAGUUACAUGUGCCGAUACAUGUGAAAAGAGGUCAUUUGUGAUUUAAAAGUUUGUCAAAUAAUACAGCGAAAUAAAGGAGUGGAUACGA